GCAAGCAGUGAAGACGGGUCUCCCCUCGCCAUCUGGCCACGACCUCUUUUUCCUGUUCCCCUCACCUUCCAGACUUGACGUGUUGACUAUCUUUCAAUUUCAAACCUCACAGACAAUAAGCUAAGAUUUUUAUACCGUGUGGUCAGAGCAAUACCGCCAGUCUUUGCGUGGGCUGACACCAAGAUGGCCGAACCAACAACCAAGGAAGAGACCGCACCCCCAGCCGGGUCCGGAACCGCAUCUCCCUCCCAGCCCACGGCUGCCUCCCCGGCCGUGCCGGGUUCGCCUGAGAACGCCAAUGAGGUAGACGUGAUCGAGCACGACGAUCUGGAUAAUGCCUCCGAAACUGCAUCCACGGUUGAAGAUCGGUGGUCGGCUUACACUGGAUCUCUGACUUCGAGCGUGACCGACUACCCUACAGAGCAUGGCCGUCGUUACCAUUCUUUCCGACCUGGUACAUACUGGGGUCCAAAUGAUGAGACCGAGAUGGACCGUCUGGAUUUCAAUCACAUGCUUAUGGUCAAAGUGAUCGGUAACAAGCUCUACCUGGCCCCCGUUGAUAAGAAUAAGAUCCACCGGAUUCUCGACAUUGGAACUGGGACGGGAGUGUCAGCCGACGAGUUCCCCAACGCAGAGAUCGUUGGAAAUGACUUGAGCGCCAUUCAGCCGACUUGGGUUCCACCGAAUGUCAAGUUCGAGAUUGAUGACGUCGAGGACUCGUGGGUCACGGAGAAAUACGACUUUAUUUUCUGUCGAUACAUGGCUGCGUCUCUGGGAGACUGGCCUAAACUUAUGCGAAGGAUUUUCAGAAAUACAAACCCCGGUGGCUGGGUUGAAUUUCAAGACUACAACAUCCAGUAUAUGUCUGACGAUGGCACACUCACGGAUGAGCACUACACCAGUCACUGGGUGGACAAGUUCUUCGAAGCAUGCAAACUGGUGAAUCGUGAGCCCAACCCGGGACCCAAGCUGGAGGGCUGGGUCAAGGACGCAGGCUUCGUCAACAUCACCCAUCAAAAGUUCAAAAUACCCAUUGGGGACUGGCCCAAGGACCCUCACUACAAGGAGUGCGGCUUGAUCAACUUGAUCCAAAUCCUCGAUGGCUUGGAGGGAUUCACCCUAAGAAUGUUUACCAGUGUGCUCGGAUGGACGAAAGAGGAGGUUUUCGUGCUCCUAGCACACGUACGUCGCGAGUUGAAGUCUAGAGCUUUUCACGCCUAUUUCAACUUCCAUGUGGUUUAUGCCCAGAAGCCAGAAGUGGAGGAGUAAGCUUUCUUGGAGAAUUUGACAAGGCAAACAAACCAUUUGGUUUGUUUUUACCGUGCGGCUCGCUUUCCCUAACCAACAGUGGGCCGUUUGACUCGGUAUAGGGAGAAGUAGGUCUGGCUAUGAUAUUUUUGUUCCAAUGACUUGUUAACUGCAAACCGUUCUGAGGCAAAAUCUCCCCCGUGCCCUGAUUCAUCGUCACUAUCUUGGUCGAGCAUUGCUAUCGCCAUUGCCCCCAGGCAAGAGGCUUGAGAAGCAUA